AUGAACCAACCACGACUCCGGGUAGCUAUUUGCGGCGCAGGUAUAGGCGGAUUGACAUGCGCGUUAGCCCUUGCAAAAUACUCGGACGUACAAGUCGACGUCUACGAAUCUGCAUCUCAACUGGCUGAAGUGGGAGCUGGGAUUGGAAUUUUCCCUCGACCGUGGAAGGUCAUUAAGGCACUCGGCAUUGACCAGGAACUACUGAAGCGAACGGAAUCAGAAGUGAAAGAUGGGCCAGUACGAGCUUUCAGAUACCGAAAGAGCGACCAACUAAAGGGAGUAGAUUUCUAUACGCUUGUGACCCAUGGUACUUUGAUCACUAUCCACCGAGCCGAUUUCCAGCAGGUUCUUGUCAGCCACCUCCCACCGUCCACGAGGAUGUUCUUCAAAAAGCGUAUACGGACCUAUACACAGGAUCUUACUGGCCCCGUUGAACUUCUUUUCGAGGACGGAAGCAAAGCGACUUGUGACCUACUCAUUGGCGCUGAUGGCCUAAAAUCUUCCGUGAGAGCAACCUUGCUGAACGAAAGAUCCCGCUGGGCCCAAGCGGAAGGUCGGCCGAGUGAAGCUGCCCGAGCACUGGACGCCAUUCAUCCAUCCUGGAGUGGGCAGGUCGCGUACCGUGCUCUCAUUCCUUCUGCAAAGCUUCGAGCCUGUAAUCCAAGCCACAGUGUCCUAACAACGCCCAUGCAAUAUCUAGGCAAGAACGGCUUCGUCAUCGCAUACCCAAUUUCUCAGGGUAGAGCAAUCAAUUUCGUAGCCUUCGUAAUGAGGCAUGACUUGGAAGGCACCAAGUUCAACGGACCAUGGAUGAGCGCCACUGAUGUGUCGGCAUUCGCGUCAAACUUCCAGACCUGGGAACCUGAGGUUCUCAUGUUGAUUUCUUGUGUUGACAGACCCCUUCAGUGGGCCGUACAUACAGUCAAACCGAUGAAGUCUUUCGUCUCAGGCAGAGUCGCCCUCUUGGGUGAUGCGGCACAUGCAAUGUGUCCCCAUCAGGGAUCAGGAGCCGGCCAAGCUAUUGAAGAUGCCUACAUCCUUGCUACUGUCCUGAGACAUCGGGGCACGCACAGGGGAAACAUCGAGCGGGCCCUGCAAGUUUACGAUAACGUUAGACGCCCCCUUGCUCUCCAGGUGCAAGAACGGUCGCGGUUAAACGGUCGUUACUUCACUUUUGCUGACGACAUUGAUUGGGAGCGGCUAUCAGACAGUCAAUUAUGGGAGAAGCUUCAACAUUUGGGUAAUAGGUUUACACGAAACUGGGAGUGGGCCUGGACAACUUCAAUCGAUGGGUCAGUACAGGAGGCGCUUAGCCUGCUUGAAUCGCGGUAG